AUGACUCGCCACAGGAAAAAUAUAUUCCAAAAGGCAAAGAAUGAACAAAGAUCAGAAGCAGGACAAGUUGCAUCAUCAGGACAACUGAAAGAAGGACCCGAAAUAGCAGUGAAAAGACUUUCAAAAACUUCUGGACAAGGGUUAGAAGAAUGUAUGAAUGAGGUAUCAGUGAUUUCAAAGCUUCAACAUCGCAAUCUUGUCAAACUUCUUGGCUGCUGUAUUAAACAGGAGGAAAAUAUGUUGGUAUACGAAUACAUGCCUAACAAGAGUUUGGAUGUAUUAUUAUUUGAUCCAGUAAAAAAGAAAGAUCUAGAUUGGCCAAAACGCUUCAAUAUAAUUGAAGGAAUCUCUCGAGGUUUGCUUUAUCUCCACAGAGAUUCUAGACCAAAAAUUGUGCAUAGAGACUUGAAGGUUAGUAACAUCUUGUUGGAUGGAGAGCUAAACCCAAAAAUAUCAGACUUUGGUAUGGCCAGAAUAUUUGGAGGCAAUGAUAUACAGGCCAAUACCAGAAGGGUUGUUGGAACAUUUGGUUAUAUGCCUCCAGAAUAUGCAUUCAGAGGGUUGGUUUCUGAGAAAUUAGAUGUCUUCAGCUUCGGAGUCUUGUUGCUAGAAAUUAUUAGUGGGAGAAAAAUUAGCAGCUAUUACGGUAGUGACCGAUCAUUGAGUCUCUUGGGAUUUAUAGGAGAUGGAGGAAAGGAUCCAUACUUAUUUAGCACAAAUAAUUUUGUGGGGAGGCAAACAUGGGAGUUUGAUUCAGAGGCAGGCAGUGGCAAGGAGAGAGAGGAAGUUGAGGCAGCUCGGGACAACUUCUAUGAAAAUCGGUUCCAGGUGAAGGCUUGUGGUGAUCGACUUUGGCGUUUUCAGAUUUUGAGGGAAAAUAAUUUCAAACAAAGAAUAGCAAAGGUGGAGAUAGAAGAGGGUGAAAGAAUAACGUGCGAGAAAACAACGAUCACACUGAAGAGGGCUGCUUCUUACCUUUCCGCACUACAAACCAGUGAUGGCCAUUGGCCUGCUCAUCUUGCAGGUUCCCUCUUCUUUACUCCUGCAUUGGUCAUUUGUUUAUACAUAACAGGACAUCUCGAUUCUGUAUUUUCAGAAGAAUAUCGUAAAGAAAUUCUUCGUUACACAUAUUGUCACCAGAACGAAGACGGAGGUUGGGGACUGCACAUAGAAAGCCACAGCACCAUGUUUUGUACUACACUGAAUUAUAUAUGUAUGCGAAUUCUUGGAGAAGAACCCAAUGGAGGUCAAAACAAUGCUUGUGCUAAAGCAAGAAAGUGGAUUCAUGAUCAUGGUGGCGUCACGCAGAUACCUUCAUGGGGAAAAUUUUGGCUUUCAGUACUUGGUGUGGUUGAUUGGUGUGGAAGCAACCCAAUGCCUCCGGAAUUUUGGAUCCUUCCUUCAUUUCUUCCUAUGCAUCCGGGUAAAAUGUGGUGUUACUGUCGGUUGGUAUACAUGCCUAUGUCUUAUCUAUACGGGAAGAGAUUUAUGGGUCCAAUCACACCCUUGAUAGAAAAUUUGAGAGAAGAACUCUUUAUUCAACCUUAUGAUAAAAAUAUUUGGAAGAAAGCGCGACAUUCAUGUGCAAAUGAAGAUCUUUACUAUCCUCAUCAUUGGAUACAAGAUCUAAUAUGGGAUAGUUUAUAUGUAUUCACCGAACCACUUCUAAAUCGAUGGCCUUUGAACAAGUUAGUGAGAGAAAAAGCACUUCAAGUAACAAUGAAGCAUGUCCAUUAUGAAGAUGAAAAUAGUCGAUAUAUUGCUAUUGGGUGUGUGGAAAAGGUUUUGUGCAUGCUUGCUUGUUGGGUAGAAGAUCCAAAUGGAGAUGCUUUCAAGAAGCAUCUUGCAAGGCUCCCAGAUUGUUUAUGGGUUUCAGAAGAUGGAAUGACCAUGCAGGGUAUUGGAACCCAGUCAUGGGAUGCUGGUUUCAUUGUUCAAGCUCUACUUGCUACUAACCUAAUAGAUGACUUUGGUCAAACAUUUGCAAAAGCACACGAUUUCAUCAAGAAAUCUCAGGUAACGGAAAAUCCUUCAGGAGAUUUUAAGAGUAUGUAUCGUCACAUUUGUAAAGGGUCGUGGACCCUUGCAGAUAAAGACCAUGCAUGGCAAGUUUCUGACACCACUGCAGAAUGUUUGAAGUCUUGUCUACUUCUGUCAAUGUUGCCAGAAGAGAUUGUGGGAGAAAAAAUGGAACCUGAAAAGUUGUAUGAUUCAGUCAAUUUCAUAUUGUCACUUCAGAGUGCAAAUGGAGGUGUGGCUGCAUGGGAGCCAGCAAGAGCUCAGGAAUGGUUAGAACUACUCAACCCUACGGAAUUCUUUGCUGACAUAGUGGUGGAGCAUGAAUAUGUUGAAUGCACUGCAGCAGCAAUUCAAGCUUUAGUGUUGUUCAAAAAGCUUUAUCCAGAGCAUAGGAAGGAAGAGAUAGAGAGUUUCAUUGCUAAAGCAGUACCAUUCAUUGAAAAUUCACAAUUAGAGGAUGGUUCUUGGUAUGGAAACUGGGCGGUGUGCUUCACUUACUGCUCCUGGUUUGCAAUUGGAGGUUUAGUUGCUGCUGGCAAGAGUUACAAAACUUGUGUUGCCAUUCGUAAAGGUGUGGAAUUUCUUCUUAAAAAACAAAAUGAGGAUGGUGGAUGGGGAGAGAGUUACCUUUCUUGCCCGAGGAAGGUGUAUGUACCUCUUGAAGGAGGUCGAUCAAAUGUUGUACAAACAUCUUGGGCUCUAAUGGCUCUAAUUCUUGCUCAACAGGCUGAAAGAGACCCAACACCCCUUCAUCGUGCAGCAAAGUUACUCAUCAAUUCUCAGUUAGAAGAUGGUGAUUGGCCCCAACAAGAAACCCUUGGAGUAUACUUGAGGAAUUGCUUGGUUCAUUACCCAUUUUACAGAAAUGUUUUCCCAAUGUGGGCUUUGGCUGAAUAUCGUAGAAAUGUUCUAUUGCCUUCCACUACUAUUUAA